AUGAUAGUUUCUGAUGAAAAAAUUAAGAAGGAUGAAAAAGAGGAAAAUCUUCUAUUACCUGAUAAGAUCAACAGCAUUAACGAAAAUGAAGCUAAUCUAGUAAUUAGUGGCACACAAGCACAAUUAUCUAAAUCUGCAUUGGAAUCCAUCGAGCAUCAAAGAGAUUUUCUUAGAUACACGCGGUACUUGCGACGGAUGUAUAGAUUACGUGUACUUUUUGCGGCUUUUACAUUUACUGGUGCGUGUUUAAUGGGAUUAUCUGCGGCAGUUGCAGUAUAUUCAAAUUCCUGUAGAGAGCAGUGGAGUCAAUGGUCCAAAUGUCACGAUGCCACAGGAUUUUCUACAAGGUACAGAUGCGCUGAAAUUGAGAAAGCCCCAUGCGAAUGCCCUUCAAUUUGUAGUAGCAUGAUAGAAGUCGCAGAAGUCUCGAGUUUACCAAAACUUCAUUGUAGCACGCCAGAGGGAGAUUCUCUCAUGCCGCAUUAUGCUAAGGGAAAACUUGUUUUGAAAGCCAGUGGCGGAGAUUUCAUUGCUACACCACGUUGCUCACCAUAA